AUGAUGGUCGAUCCAUUUGAAGUGCGCAUGCGCUUCACAACACAGCUUCAGCAUCUAAGCGCAUCUGUCACGUCUUCGCAAAAGGCAGCGCAUUAUGCACUUAAAUACCGUGAUCUGGACGAGGAUCUUCAUUCCUGUAUCCUAGAGCAAAUCGAGAGAGUAAGAACACCUCAGGUUUUCCGUUGCACUUAUGAGAUAUUAAUGAUACCCACUUCGCAGAAUAAUAUGAACAACCGCGCAAACAUUAUGUCUUUCAUCGAACACUUUUGUGAAAUGGCCACCAAAGAAGACCACCUUCCCUACGUCCGCAUGAUGCAGCGUGACAUUCUCAGAGUUGUGGAUGCAGUCGUCCCACCUGAUGGAACAGGAGCUGCCAACGUCAAGCAUGUCCGCCUUGUCCUCGAUAGCAUGCAAGGCAAGGGAAUACUGUCCGCCGAAACCGUCACCGAAAUCGAUGCAGCCCUCAAAGACCGCGACACGCACCCCGCACACCUUGACCUCGAGGACGAGGAAGAAGAGGGACCAGACGAUAGCGUGAGAUCCAAGACCGGGACCCCACGCAACCCCAAGGCGUCCGGAAUGCGCGUCGACAAACGGCAGAUUGAACAGCGCAUCGAAGAGGACCGUGAGCGAAACAAGCGACUGCGAGAGAGUAUGUGGGCCGUGGAAGGAGACGAUGAGAAGGAAUGGCUGAAAAUCCUAGAAGAAGUGAGUGAUAUCGGUUCGGAUGAUUACAGGAAUGCCGCAGAGGAAGCUACAGAGCGCCAGAUCUGUGCCGAUCAAUACAGGGCUGAAGUCUUGAAACGAUUUGCAGAGGGGCAUUGA